AUGACAUUCAAGGUCCCCUACGACUACGAGUCGAGCCCCCCCUCGACUCCUGACAAAUCAAAAGGGCAAAGCUUUUGGAGUAAUAUCUCCACGACGCCCGCGGGCCCGCCACCCUCAAGCACGAAUUCGUUCACACCGCAAGGCCACCCGCAAUCCACCGCGUUCAAUACCUCUCAGCUAGACCAAUCGAGGACCGAGCACUCAAACUCCCUCUUUACCAAAUCUGGAGGCUUUAACACCAAUGACAGCAUCUUCGGUUCCUCGUUCGGGUCGACCGACUUUGCGAUGCCCAAGAAAACCCAGCCGAAAGCCAACACAUUCACGGCACAGUCUCGCUUCACCGCGACAAAUGGGAGUGCUUUCGGCCAGUCCGUGAAUUUUGGACGAUCAAAUGGAUUCAAGUCGUCCAAGCUGAGCGAGUACCAUGAGGAAUACGAUGACGAAGCGGAAAUGGAGCCCGAGGAGACUGAAGAAGAUGCGGAAGGUGAUAUGGAUAUUAGCACCCAUGAGCCGGCUAGUCGCUUGAGCUUCUUGGAUUCGACCUUCGGAAAUCCGUUGUCGACACAGCCACUGCCCUCGAAGACGUUCCCACAGCAGACGUUCACCACGCAGCAAUUGCCAACCCAGCAGACCCAGGCCCAACCUCAGCCACAGCAACCGCCGCUCCUUUUUGGCCAGCAGCGCAAGUCCAUCUAUUCAAAUCCUGUCGAAGCUAAGCGCCCCAGGUUGGAUGAAAAAUGGGCAAACCAGUCACCUCUCCGCAAGACGAAGCUAUCCCCCAAGAAGGCAUCGGCCAUGCCUUCGAUUCUGCACAACCUCGCUUCUAGAACACGGGUCCCCCCCGCCGAGGAUACACUUGGGCGUUUGUGGGACGAGAUCAGAGAUAGCCAGUACGGGCACCUUGAUCUUGAUUCGAUCCUGUCUUACACUGCCAACAAGCUGGCAGCAACAUGGGACAUCUGCGCAGACCGCAGUGGCAUCACUCGACCCUACGGUGCUGGAUCCAAGAUUGGCCCGGGAGAACAGGCUCCUAACCUGGUGAAGGCUAGCUUCCUUGCAUCAUUGCUACUUCAAAUCCACCAUCCCUCUCGUGCUUCUGCCCCGAUCGCCAGUGCCUCUAACCCUAUGGCCCGUGGCGCACCCAACAGCAUGGUUAAGGCAAUGCAGCGAGCCAGCGUUGCGACUCCUUUGCCUCAGAUCUUACUAGACUGGCUGAACGGGAACCACGCAUCCCAAAAUAAUGACCUCCAGGCUUUGCGGCAUGUGGAGCCGAACCCAACCGCGUCCUCUAAUUUCUGGGAUAUCAUCAAUGCUGCAGUUCUUCGCGGUCGCUUUGCAGAGGCCGCCGAAAUUCUGCGCUCGGCUGAUUUCAACUACGCCCGAUCAGCCCUGGAGGAUGGUCUACCCCAGCCGGGUUACCGCGGUGUUCAACUGCAGAAUAUCCAGCGCUGUGUAAACAAAGCCUUGCAGGUCCUAGACUCUUGCCCCGGCUUUCAAGACGAUGACUGGAAUAUCACGGGCCCGGACUGGACACAGUAUCGGAAGCGGGUCCUCGCAGCAGUGAACGAUCUUGAAGAGUUUGCUGAAGGCAGCGAGAAAGAUCAAGCCGAUGUCCCUGUGCAGGAAAACAAGUUCCAGGCCAUCAACUUUGGUCUUGCCAACUUUAACCCCAAUCCCGUCAGUUUCACUCAGUCUGCGCGCAUGGCCGAAAGCCGUGUGCCAUGGACUAUCUACCAAAACCUUCGAUCCCUAUACCGAAUCAUUCUUGGUGACACCACCACUAUCAAGGCCUACUCCCAAGACUGGGUGGAGGCGACCAUUGGGCUAACCGCAUGGUGGGAUGGUGAAGACGACGACGGUGUGCCGAACCUAGAUCUCCGCGCAAGCACUUCCAGCAACGACUUCCAGCGCUCUCGCGGAUCUAGAAACCAUCGAGCCGUAGACCGCAAUACGCGCGAUGCAUACCUUCGACGCCUGGAUUUGGCUUUUGGCAGCGCAACAAAUGAGCCGUCUGAUGAUACCGGCUUCCGGGUGAACACUAUGAGUAGCUUGGAGGUUGGAUUGGCUUCUGUCUUUGAGGGCAAUGUGCAGGGUGCCAUUGAGCUCAUACAAACUUGGUCCCUCUGUGUCGCGGCUGCUGUCCCCGAGGUUGCCAGUCUCGGUGGAUGGUUUGAGGCUAGCGCCUCAAAGAAGAUGCCCGGUCUGAGCGAGCACGACUUGAUGGUACUUUCGUAUGGCCAAGAUAACCGGUCACCCGUUGAGAGUCUUCACAAGGAUGAUAUCCUCCGCAACUAUGCCUUUGGGUUGAAUGACCGUGGUCCGAUCGAGAACGAGACCGGCGCUCGUCAAGGCUGGGAGAUGGCGUUGGAAGUCCUCACCCGAGUUGAUGAUGUGGACAUGAUGAAAAAGGCGGUGUCAGAAGUCGUGAAUCGUCUGCCAUUGGAAGACCUUGCUCAGUUGGACCGACUGGUCAUGCUGCUCUCUGAUCUGGGUCUGGAGGAGGAAGGACGACGGGUUUCUGAACGAUUUGGUGAUCAGAUCACUUCCUCCGAUGAUUCCCACUCCUCGGAGUUUGGUCUUGCCCUCGUCUGCUAUGCCCGUUCUCACAAUCAGCGCAAGGUCAAGUCUGUCGUGGAUUUGUUGAUUUCUUACAGCCUGGUGCAGUCGCGUGCCUUCCCGGCCGCCGCUGAUUUGGAUAGUCAACUUUGGUCAUUGAUCAAGGAUCCCAAGGUCUGCUUGUCCUCUAUUGCCUCUGUUGAUGAGGAGGCCGCCCGGAUUUUGCAGUUCCACAUCAGCGGGUACGCCACUCUCCGUCGAUUUUACGAGAUUCGAGACGAGGCCGUGGAGUUGCAGGAUGGCCAGAGACCUAAGUUCAAGCCCCUGGCCCGCCGUCGCAUGGCCGCCAAGGCCCUUACGGCCGUAAUCAGCAGUGCGGCCGACAACAUCUAUGGAGGACUGUAUGACCCUGCUCGCGACUCAGCCGUGCAGGUGGAUGGCCUGCUGGCCCUUCUUGGGGAGGCCUUGGUUUUUGUGAACCAACCUACCCCGAUUCUUUCGGUCUCUCAACAAUUCACCAUUCUGUCGGCCAUUGAAGAUAUUGAGACGGUGACACCUCGGGUCUUUGCGCAAUGCGAGGAAUGCUUCCGAUCCACCUUGCUAGAAUAUUACUCUACUGGGCGCAAUUCCAGUGAAUUCGCACCACCAUCUCCCCGCGAAUUACUGAAGAAAUCAGUGUCGGCGAUGUCAGGGUCAACCUUCUCCCUUAUCGGGAACGAUAUGCUUGAGUCAGCUCGUAACGGUGGGCCUACCUCGGUAGGUAGCUCGGGAGUCCUUGUGCCCCAUCCCAGUGACAAGGAUGCGGGCCGGGCCCGCGGCUGGGAUUGGCGAGUGGGACUCUCCGAAGCUACAAAGGGCGAGGAUGUACUCCGGAUGUUGCGAACGGGGUUGGCACAAGGUCUGAGUUAUGGUGCAUUGGGGUCGGUUUAG